AUGAAUGAGACUGAUUUAUUGAGAUGUAAAAGAGAGCAAUUUCACACAGAAAUUAGAAGAAAUCACUUGGAAAAGAUAUUCAAUGUAAAAAGGAAAGUAUCAAAUUCAGAUGCCCAGAUUUCUGAUUAUUACACUUAGUAAAUGCAUCACAUGGGGAAAAUUAAAUUACUAGAUCUACUUAUCCUAAUUAAUGAAAAAGUAAAUAAACCUAUAGUUGAAAUGGUUUAAAAUGACCUCGGUCUUCAGUUGAGUAAGAUGCUUAAUUUAAAUGAACUCUAUUCUAAUUGGGACUUGUUCAAAAAUAUAUUGAACUAUCUAAACAAUUUAGUGCUAUUGCCAGACGAGCAUUUGCAAAACUACCCAAAAUUUAACGAAAUGCUAAUAUCUUUUAGCUAGCUAUUCAUUCUUUUGGAAGCUGAUAUUUUUCGUAAAGGUUUGUGUGUAAAGGGGAACGAUCAGAAUUAUCCAUUAGAAGCAGGAUAUGAUGAUAUAUCUCGAUUGUCGUACGCCUUUAUUAAAAUUGAUUAAAUCCUCAUGUAUUCAUCAACAACAUUUCAAUCAAGAGGAGAACUAUUGAGAAAUAAAUUGUUUGUGCAUUGUCUCUGUCAUGCCUUCCAUGUAUAUAUAUAAUAAAUUAUACUAGAUCCAAAUGGAUAAUAGUGUGCUUGAGUUACAUUUACAACUAAUAACAUCUUUGCUACAGGACUUGUACAAAUAGGAUAACGAUUGUCGAAAACAUGCAGAAGUGUUCCUUAAACCCAUUUGCAGUGCUUUGUCGACUAAAAAUUUGGAUAAAUUAAAUUAUUUAUUAUAAAUAUUGCUCAAUUUGACCUUUGUGGGAAUGCAUAAUGGAUAUGUAAAAAUAAUAAUUUAAUUAUUAGAUCAAUUCAAUAUUCAAAUUUAAUGGAGCUUUGGAAUUGAUGUAAAUAUUGAAUGAAGGCUUGAAUGAUUAAUUGACUUUGAGGAUUCUGGCUGAGAUUGCUUAACAAAGCCCAGCUCAUAUUGAGAUUUUGAUAAAAAAUGGAUUGCUUCAAUAGUUGAAAUUGAAAUUAUGUUCGAAUAAGUAAUUAUUCUAUUCAAGUGAUUAUUAUAGUAAAUUGGUUUAGAAUCAGGCCUUAUGGGUCCUAGAAUUCUGCAUAUGUGGAGCAAAACAGUUUUACGAUGUCAUAUUUGCAUAAAUAGACAUUACAAAUUUUGUUAUCCAAUUACUGAACUCUCCCGAUGAGUAGAUACAUGUUUAAGCAUGCUUUACUUUGUGUGCUUAUCUUUAGAAAGGCAACUUUUAGUAAACUCAAUAAUUGUGUCAAUCGAAAAUACAUCUAAAAGUAUUUUAAUUUUUGCAUUUGCAAAAUGUGGAAUUGAAAUAGGCUAUCCUUGAAGCGAUUAUUGAGAUAUUGAACAAGGAAAUGUGGUAGAGUAGUCAAUAUUCAUUGAUAUCUUCAUAAGAGAGGGAGAACUUACGUUUUGUUUUGGAGAGACUCGAUGAAGACCAAUCUAUUUUUUCAAUGAUAAAUAAUUUAUUGUCAUAUUUAUGA